ACGAUAUUUGCCAUAUCUGCUCUUAUCUGUAAGCGAAGAAGAGUAAUGGGGACGCCGACGAUUAACCAGGUGGACAGUGACAAAGCUCCAGUUUGUGGGGUUCUUCCAAAUCUUGUCGGAAAAUACGUCCCAAGACAAUAACUUCAGGAUCGGAACAGAUUCCCCGCAAAACCCCGUCAUCCAUAUCGCAACCAAGAACUCUUCUCCUUCUCCUUUUCCAUCGGAAAUUGGAAGUGUUUGCUCGAGAAAUUCCCUGCAAGGCAGUAAAAAGACAGUAGUAUGGGGGAAGAGGAGCUGAGAUUCGACAGGUGGGGCUAUGGGGUCAGGACAUCUUCUGAUGACUGCAUCGCUGCAAUUAACGCCUACUAUCACCAGGUGUUGAGCUAUGGGAGAGAGAGGAAAGUGAUUCUCGAGGCAGUAAAGCACGAUGAGGGCUGUGUGUUAGCUAAUGUUUUGGCGGCUCAUUUCCUCUCUUCUUCUGAUCCUUCCCGCGUCUCCUCUUGCCUGGAAUCUGCAAAGUCUCGCCUUGGGCAAGCUACUGCCUAUGAGACGGCAGUUUUUGAUGCUGUCAGCAGCUUGAUUACAGAGAACGGAGACGAUGAUGUAGCUUUUGAUUUGCAUUAUAAGCUCUUGAAAGAUUUCCCGAGAGAUUUGGCAUCUCUGAAGAGAGCUCAAGUUUUCUGCUUCUACAUUGGCCGAUCGGAUCUUGCUCUUGAUCUUGUUGAACAGGUUUUGCCCGUUAAUCAGCAAGAGGAUUAUGUCUAUGGAAUGCUUGCUUUCUUUUUGCUCGAGCUCGGUCGAAUGGCAGAUGCUGAGAAAGCUGCCAGGAAGGGAUUCGAGAUAAAUGAGAAAGACUGUUGGGCACAGCAUGCUCUUUGCCAUGUUCUUCAGUUCGAGUGCCGAUUUAAAGAAGCAGUUGAGUUUAUGAAACAAUGUUCAGCAUCAUGGAGCUCUUGUUCUUCAUUCAUGAUAACACACAACUGGUGGCACAUAGCACUCUGUUACUUGGAAGGACAUGCCCCAAUCACCCAAGUCCUCGGGAUAUAUGACAAUCAAAUAAUGAAGGAAUUGGAAAGACCAGAUGCUGUUUGCGCAGAGGUUUAUUUGAAUGCUCUAGGUCUGCUUUUGCGGGUACAUGUGCGGGGGCAUGUAAGCGCCUCUGAGGAUCGUCUGAAAACUUUAGCCAAGCAAUUAAUCAAUCAAACCUACUGGCACAUCGAGUGGCAUCUCGAUUUGUUAUGUUUAUGGGCGUUGGCUUGUGUGGGAGAGGUUUCUAAAGCAGAAGAAUUGUUGGGUGGGUUGAAAUCAAGAUUUUCUAUGAUGACCAAGAAGAAGCAAAUAACGAUGCAAAAAGGAAUAGUGCUUGCAGAAGCAAUGUUGGAGUAUGGGAAAGGUAACUCGGAGAGAGCACUUGAAUUGCUGGGGCCAGAUUUUGAUGCCUAUUAUUGUAAGACGAUUGGAGCAUCUGAUGAGCAGCUCGACGUGUUCAACGAAGUUUGGUAUGUCAUGCUGUUAAAUACUGGGCAAGUCGAGAAGGCGAUUGAAGUGAUGGAAAGUCGGGUCAAGAAGAGGGAGGGCGCCCCUUUCCUGUGGCAAUUACUGGAGAGAGGAUAUAAGCUCCUGGGCAAGCCCGAAGCUACAAGUUUAAGCGAGAAGGUCCGGGCCUUGGAGAAUGCAUACUUCGAGCAACUCCCCACACAUAUUUCUGUUUGAGUUGCAUAGCAUUAGGCCGCUGAGGUAAUAAGAGGUGAAGUUUUAUUGCAUCAUGGACCAGAAUCCGAGUGGUUUUGUCGAGAACCCGAGUGGUUUUGUCUGAGUAAACCACCGAGUUGUAUGUCUCCUUUGUACUUGAAAGAGGUGGUGUAAAUGACUCUGAAUAAAGAUGAAUAGAGAUAAAGAUACAUAUGUUUUAUCCUUUCGGGUAAUCGAUUCACUCUGG